CAAAAUAUGGCUUAGACAGACCUUUUGUUCCUUCAGCUGGGAAGGCUAUGUCUCAGAUGAUUUCACCAGCACAAGAACUUGCUACCCCCCUACAACUUGAACUUCUCAGACUUCCAAAGAGCCACAACAUAUAAAUUCAAAUAUGGGGAUUCAGAGCUACCUAUUGAUCGUGCACCUCCUCUGGGCUGCUCUGGUCUUUUGUCAGUAUGAAGAUUAUGAUUUUGAGGAUGAAUAUGGUGGAGAGCCAGAUCAAGUUCCUUAUUAUUUUAACCCAAACACCCAAGUUGAAGUUCCUCAUUUUCCUUUUCCAGUUGAGUGUGCCAAAGAAUGUUUUUGCCCGCCAGCUUUUCCCUUAUCCAUGUACUGCGAUCACCGGAAACUCAAGACAAUACCAAACAUCCCCAGUCAUGUCCAACAACUUUAUCUGCAAAACAACAACAUUGAAGCCGUGCCUGCAGGACCAUUCACAAACGCUACCUUCAUUAGGGAAAUUAACCUCAGCUACAACAACAUUAAAUUCCAUAUGAUUGACCAUGGUGUUUUUGCCAAGUUUUCCAACUUAGUGCAACUUCAUUUACAACAUAACGAAUUAGAAGAAUUUCCAUUCCCUCUGCCUAGCUCUCUAGAGCGACUCCUCCUUGGUUUCAAUAAAAUCUCCCGGUUACCUGGAAAUGCAUUGGAAGGAUUGCCCAACAUGACCAUGCUUGACCUUUGCAAUAACUUACUUGAUGACUCAGUAUUCAAAGAAAAACCCUUUUCAAACAUGAAAAAUUUAAUGCAGCUAAACUUAGGCAACAACAAACUACAGACAAUGCCUCCUGACCUGCCACCAUCACUUCAGCAUCUUUCUCUUGAAAAUAACUCCAUUUCUCGUAUUCCAGAAAACUAUUUCAACAGACUUCCCCAAAUCAUUGCUGUAAGAAUGUCCCACAAUAACCUGCAGAACAUUCCACACAACACUUUUAAUCUACCCAACCUCCUAGAACUUCAUCUUGGACAUAACAAAUUAAAACAAGUGUUCUAUAUUCCAAGAAGUUUGCAGCAUUUGUACAUUGAAGACAAUGAAAUUGAAAACAUCAAUGUUACUGUGAUGUGCCCAACCCUGGACCCACUGAACAUCAGGCAGUUAACCUACAUACGGGUGGACCAGAACAGGCUCACCAGCCCCAUCAGCACCUACGCCUUCUUCUGCUUCCCUCUCAUCAGAACCAUUUAUUAUGGAGAGCAAAAUGUCACUGGCAGCAGGCCAUCUCAGCUCAGAACACCGGUGUUUCGGCGGUUCCUAACACCAGAGGAGUUCCAGGAAGCAGAAGACAAUCAUGAAACGCUCAAUCAAGAAACCGAAGAAGAUCAUGAAGCAGAAGACAGCUAUCUUCAUCCUUACUAUCACUGAAAUAAUCAUUGUUAAUAAGUAUAUAUGGACACUUUUCAUUAGUCUGGGUUAUUCAUAGCUAUCUUAGAACAAAUAGGCAGUUUGGGAUAUUUAAGUUGCAUCUAUAAAGUGGAGGUAGGAGUUUAAAGGAGGCAAAUGUCCUAUUAUUGGUGUCAUAAAAAGCUAUAGUAGGAACAAAGAGUACUCGCCUGAGCAUUAGAUAAAGGUCUGACACAUAACCUGGGUUGAUGAUGGCCUCACCCUUGGGUGAGCAGCUGAAGUGAAAGAAAAUUGACCUGAAAAUCUUCUCUGUCCCAAAUUGAUCCAAUUGCAAAAUGACUAAAAUACAAAUCAGUGUCAUAAUUCAAUAGGAACAAGUGAUGAAGGCCAAAAAUGCACCCAGCUCUACAUCCUACUGCCAACAGCAGAAACAGAGAGACACCAGAAAAAAGGACAAGAGACUGAGAUUACAAAAUACUUCCACAAAGUUCCUCCAUAUCUCCCAGAAAUACAGAUAUAUCUUCUUCCCAUUUCUAACUGGAUGAGAACAUCACAAAUAUGGAGCUUCAAACCUUCCCCAUUUUAUGUUUCAAGUAUCCUGACAAGCUGUGCUAUAACAUUCACUUCUUUGGCUGUCCUUUAACUAUCCCAAUCUUUCAAAGGAGAUUUCAGCUUAUUACUAACACAGGCAAUAAACAAUCUUUCACCCAGCUGCUGGGUCCUAGGAAAAAGCAUGUGCAUUAACAUAACUGAACAAUUAACAUUAAUAUUUUCCCUGUGCUUCAGCCCAUGUUAUUUUAGAAGACACAUAGAAAUGUAAUCUUUGCAUUUAGAAUUAUUCAUCAAGUAAAACAAGAAUGAAGAAAAGUGCUGCAGGUUUUUUUUAACUAUUAAUUUAGACUGUCCCUCUGCACAGCUAAUACCAAUUAGCUGUAUUCUGCUUCAAGGUAGAACCAACAUUACCUUAAGUAACCUGAAGAAAGCUUUGAGCUACGCAAAUUUUUGUUAUAUCUUAUGCCUAGAAACAGAUCCAGAUAACUACCGGGGAAGAUAGCACUAUAGAGCACUCUAUCGCCUUUUUUAAAAUCACUUCUUUAUUUUUCAGCUUUUUUCUCUGAUAGAGCUUUACCAGCUAUGAAGAAAAAAAUCCCUAUUUUUCAACAGCAAAAUGGAACGUUUGCAAGUCAUAGAUCCAUAUAU